AUGAACGAUACGACUUUGCUCAUCACGUCUUUAACCAUCAAUGCAUUGGACGAAAAUGGCCGUCCACAGCUCAUGACGCUCCAAUCCGACGCGCCUCUCCGCUUCACCAUACAUGGAACUGCGACCGAAGGACCACCAGCUGAAGCCCCCGCCCCUCGUCGUGGAGAGACCAUCAACUUGCUUUCGGAUGUGGAAGAGACGAAGAAGAAGAAGAAGAGUCAGAAGAGUCAGACGAUUCGGUCACGAUCGGCGUUGAAGAAAUCAUUCUGCCCGAGACGUCUGACAGCGAAAGCCCAAGUGACAGCUCGGAUUCCGAAGGCUCGGAUUCGGAUGCAGAGGUUGCUCCUGCCCCCACUCCUGUCCCCGCUCCUGUCCCCGCUCCUGUCCCCGCUCCUGCUGUUCGUCCCCGACGCAAUACUCGCCGCACAACUCGCCGCAACCGUCGCAUUGUCGAUGAAGAAGACUCUGAUGAGUAUCAAGAGGUUGAAGCAUCCCAAGAGUUCUGGUAAGAAACAAGAGUACAUUGAGACCGGCCCAGCUGCUGUUGGAGGACCAUCGAGAGACCAAAGAGACAAAGAGACCCAUCUAUCUAUCUGUAGUGUCGUAAUUGCUUGUUUAUAA